AUGUCUGCAGAGAUCGUCAGCCAGGACCCAGCCAACGACCACGACGCCGACGACCUCGAGAACGGCACCGUCGAGGCCCGCGGCGUCAAGCGACCGCGCACCUCCACCGCCCAGGACGACGACGAUGACGACGACGACAAGCCUGGCCGCGAGCGCCGCAAGAUCGAAAUCAAGUUCAUCCAGGACAAGUCGCGUCGCCACAUCACCUUCUCCAAGCGCAAGGCCGGCAUCAUGAAGAAGGCCUACGAGCUGUCGGUCCUCACUGGCACGCAAGUCCUGCUGCUCGUCGUCUCCGAGACUGGGCUGGUCUAUACCUUCACCACGCCCAAACUCCAGCCGCUCGUCACCAAGCCAGAAGGCAAGAACCUCAUCCAGGCCUGCUUGAACGCACCCGAGCCCGCCGACUCCAACGACGUCAACGGCGAUGGCUCCACGGUCGAUUCGCCCGAAGAGCAGCACGCCGCCCCACCGCCCAUGCCCAACAACAUGCAAGCCCAAGGCAUGCCCCGCAACCAGCCCCAGCAACCCUACAUGACCGCCGACCAACAGCAAGCCCUCCAGUAUCAGGCAUAUCUCCAGCAACAGCAAGCUGCCCAGCAAGGCGCCUACCCCAUGCCGCCGCAGCAGCAGAUGCACUCUCGAGGAUAG